ACAGAAGUAGACUGGAAGAAGUCUGCAUGCAAGUCGAUUUAAUCUGAGUGUAGUACAAACUGAUCCGAGGAAACCCACUGGAAGACCAUAUAGACAUGAGACUGAGGUGAAAUCUGUUAAAACAAAGAAAUGAAGUGUCUGCUGGUGGCCAGUGAAAGCGCAGAGGUUCUGUUCUACUGGGCCGACCCUGAGUUCGAGCAGAACAUUCGAGAUCAGUAUGGACCCAGGCAGUAUGAGGGAGACACAUACCCUGCAUUCGAAGACAGCGUCAACACCCUGUUCGCUCCUCUGAUCAUCUCCUGCAGCACCCUGAUUGAAAAGAUUAACAACACCUACACCUCCUUCAUCACAGAGAACACCCAUCAAUAUAUCCUCCACCAGUUUGGGGAAUGCCUGUACAUUGCUGUCAACGGGGAUGGAGGGGAGACUGAGGAAGACUUGAGGAGGAAGAUCUACGUGAUGAAGAAGCUCAUCAAGGUGCACUUCGGCAUGGUGACCCUCAACAGCACCCUCCUGAGGAAGGAGCUCCGACCCCAGGACACAGAGCAGCGGAUUCAUCUCUGGAAGAUGCUGCAAAGCCUUCUGGAAACAUACAGCCUCCUGAGAGAACAGGACCAGAGCUUUCUAGUGGAGGUGGUGGAGCGGCUGAUCCACCCUACGCUGUGUGAGCAGUGCAUCGAGUUCCUGGAGCGGCAUGUGGUGCAGCAGAUCAACAGGAGCCCCGAGCGGGCCAGAGAGGAGGUGCUGCAUGCUUUCAUACUGGUGAACACCAAGCUGCUCGCCUUCUACUCCAGCCGCAACGCCAGUUCAAUCAAGCCCUCGGACCUGCUGAGCUUGAUCCUGCUGGUACAGAACCUGUGUCCUAGCAACAAUCAGCUGGACGAUGCAGCCCUCGAGGGGCCAUAAGGCAGCUCUGUGCCUGAAGUGUUCUACACCCCAGAGCCGUCUCCCACGGGCAGGGAGUCAGAUGCAGCUGAGAUGGAAGGAGAGAGCACGCCUGUCUUUCAGUUUGUUGAUCCAGAUGUUCAGAUGGCUGAGGACAGCCUGAAGACCCUAGAGGCUCAGCCGCCUGACCCCGCGACCCCCUGCAGGGUCUUUCUGGAGGCCAUGUUCAAAGAGGGUUACUGCCCCAUGAUGCCUCACUCCAUGUACUGCCUGCCCCUCUGGCCGGGCAUCUCACUGGUGCUGUUGACCAAGCUGCAGAACACCUGGACUGACUUCAAGAACAAGGCAUUUUCCAGAGCAGUGCAGGGAACCUCCAGGGAGGAGAAGCUUAUGGAUUGGAAGGACUUCCUGUUGGUGAAGAGCAAAAGGAACAUCACCAUGGUGUCCUACCUGGAGGACUUCCCAGGAUUGGUGCACUUUAUCUACAUGGAUCGCAUGGCUGGGCAGAUGGUUGCCCCCUCCCUCAAUGUGACGGACCUCUCCACCACAGAGUUGGGCAAGGGGCCGCUCGCUCACUUCAUCAAGAGCAAGGUGUGGUCUCUGGUUGGAACAGCACGGCUCUACCUACAGAAAGGGUACACUACAGUGACCCUGAGAGAUGGCGAUUAUUACUUCUGCUACUUCCUGUGGUUUGAGAGUGAAACGGGAUACAAGUUAGAGGGGAUUGAGCUGCCUGUCCUGUCUGAGGCCUCUGCCCCAAUAGGGAUGCUUACUGGGGACUAUUACAGGAAGCUCCUGAGGUACUACAGCAAGAACCAUCACACUGAGAUCGUGAAAUGUUACGAGCUGCUGACCAUCCACCUCGGGGUGAUUCCCACUGACUACAUCGUCCAGCACCGCUGUGAGCUGGCCAAGAAGCUGUGGGAGCCCACGAGAAUCCCCCUGCUGUAGGGGAAGUGUUCUCCACGCUGCUCCAGAGCCUUCUGAGUUCCCCUUCUGAGUUUAGAGGGGAGCCCCCUCUAAUGCCCUUACUGUAGAGGUAUUUCCUAGGCUUGAAUCCCAUUGCACAAAACUGAUUGAUAAGAUAAUGCCACAUGGCCUCCCUGGAGAUUGAUGUUGGUGACAUUUGAAAAUGUUAAUGCAGAUGAUUUCAUCAUAAUAAUAAUAAUAAUAAUAAAUAAUAAUAAUAAUAAUAAUAAUAAUAAAAACAUCUCCCCACAGCUUGUAUGGGAAAGUAAAAGCUCAACAGGACCAAAGUGUUUUGUUUUUGUGUGU